AUGAACGCGCCCGACAGCGACGGAAUUAUUCAGAAGGACCUUGACUGUCAUGAACAAACGGUUGUGGCAGAUUUGGAAGAAUGGCUGAAGGCGAAUCCACAAGCGCAGUGGAACGAAGUUGCUGGCCUCAAACUCGUCGAACAAUGCCCAGAAACAAAUCUUCGACAGAUUCAAAAGAGACUCGCCCAGAAUUUCCGCGUUGCUACAUUUAGGACACGUCACUCGGGUUGGGAGCUUGGGCUUGGGAUUGGAGAGCUCAUUCCCAUUUCUCCUAGUGAAGGCUGUAACGUCAAAGUUGGAGAGCACACCUAUCCCCUUAUAGGCGGGAAGAAGAAGAUCUAUUAUCAUAGCUAUGCAGUAACGGACGCCGAGAUGACCAGUUGGUUUCUGGAACAUGGAGCGAACCCGAAUGCGCAAUGCGAGGUAGACUGCACCCCAUUGUCCUACGCUGUUCGAAAUGCACGUCUCAGCGUGAUCAAACUACUGCUGAACCAUGGAGGGGAUGUGCAGAAAGGACAGCUUCUUCAGUAUGCCGUUUGUCGAGACGAGGAACUUGAGGAUGUCAUAUCGUUGCUCAUCGAUAGAGGUGCCCCUUUGAACGCCACAAUGUAUCAGGAUGGCCCGACUUUGAUGCGAUUCUUUCCUAUGAGCCUAGGGACUGCAUUGCACGUAGCAACAGAACAGGAAAAGACGAAUGCGAUCCGUCUUCUGAUCCGUCUUGGAGCAGACACUGGCGUGAAGGACGCAAAUGGCGACACCGCUUUAGAGUGGGCGCAGAAAUGGAAUAAAUCGGAAAUGGUGAAGCUGUUGGGAGACUUGGAAGACCGUUCGUAA